AUGUUACAAACUGUUGAAUUUAUUAGAACUCCAGAAACUAAACCACCACCACCAUCUACUGAUGAAUCUGGUGUUUUAACCAGUUCUUCACCAGCCAUUCAUAAUGCUCCAUUACCAGCUGAUGGUCCAGGGUCUACUUCCUUUUCCAAUAUCGUGUUAAUUGGGUUGAUUACUCUUGUACCAGGUUAUAUUGUUCGUAAGAUUGGUUUAGGAUUCAAGACUUGGAUCUUUUUAGUUGUUUUAUUUGCUGUUCCAAUCUUAGUGGCUUAUUGGUCAAUUAUGUCUACUUUCUCCCCAAGAAUUAAUGAAAAAGUUAAAUAUCCAAAUCGUCCAAUUUCUGAUUAUUUAGAAUUCCAUACUGAAGAAUUAAAAGCUAAAUAUGAAACUUCAAAUAAUGGUAAAGGAAAGAAAAUUCCUCUUGAAACUUUUGAAGAUUUAUUCUUUGAAGGUAAAGUUAGUUUUAAAGGUGAUUGUUUAGAUGUUUUAGAAUAUAAACAUGAUUGGUGUACUUUCCAAUUCACUUUUGCUUUAUUUAGAUUCUUUUUAUUAGGUAUGAUCCCUGAAGUAAUUAUGCAUUCCAAAUCUCAAGAUGAGGAACAAGUUAGAGAACAUUAUGACCGUGGUGAUGACUUCUACACUUGGUUCUUAGGUCCAAGAAUGAUUUAUACUUCUGGUGUUAUUAGUGACAUUACCAAGGAAGAAACUUUAGAAGAAUUACAAGACAAUAAAUUAAAGAUUGUUGCUGAUAAGAUUGACUUGAAAGAAGGUGAACAUGUUUUAGAUUUAGGUUGUGGUUGGGGUACUUGGGCUACUUAUGCCUCUUCUCAAUAUGGGGCUAAAGUUACUGGUAUUACCUUGGGUAAAAACCAAACUAAAUGGGGUAAUACUUUAUUAAACGAUUAUGGUGUUGAUUCUGAUCAAUCUCGUGUUGUUUGUGUUGAUUAUCGUGAUGCUCCAAAAUCCGAAAAGGCAAAUGGUAAAUAUGACAAGAUUACUUGUUUAGAAAUGGCUGAACAUGUUGGUAUUAGAAGAUUCACUGCUUUCUUAGAACAAGUUAGAGAUUCUUUAGAAGAUGAUGGAUUAUUCUACUUACAAUAUGCUGGAUUAAGAAAGAAUUGGCAAUAUGAAGAUUUAAUCUGGGGUUUAUUUAUGAAUAAAUAUAUUUUCCCCGGUGCAGAUGCUUCAACUCCAUUAUCAUUUGUUGCAUCUUGUUUAGAAUCUGUUGGAUUUGAAAUUGUUAGUGUUGAUAAUAUUGGUGUUCAUUAUUCUGCUACUUUAUGGAGAUGGUAUAGAAAUUGGUUAGGUAACAAGGAUAAGGUUGUUAACAAAUAUGGUGCUAAAUGGUAUAGAAUUUGGGAAUAUUUCUUAGCUUGUUCUACUAUUGCUAGUAGAAAUGGUACUGCUACUUGUUAUCAAUUUGUUUUAAGAAAGAAUUUGAACUCUUAUAGAAGAGUUGAAUAUAUUCCAAAACAAAAGGGUUUAUUAGCUCCAGUAAAAGAAGGUACUCAAUGGGCUAAACCAUAUGAAAACUUUUAUUAA